AUGGGUAUUUGCAGGGCCAAAGAGGCUGAACUUACCCUGCAAGUUGCCCAGAAUCAACUUGAAUCCAAUCCGGGAGAUGUGGCGCUACGGGACUCUUUGGGUGCUCUUAGGAAGAAGGCCGUUUUCCUUGCCGAGGCCGAACGGCAUUUCUUCUACCAGAAGGCCAAGAUCCACUAUCUUAAAGAGGGGGACCGCAACACCAAGUUCUUCCACGACAUGGUGAAGAGGAAUGUCGCUAGGAAUUCCAUCGGGGCAGUCACUAGGGCGGAUGGGACUGUUAUCACUGCUGCCGAAGAUAUUGCCCAAGAGUUCGUUGACUACUACACAUCACUCUUGGGCACCGAGGCUCACACCCUCCCUGUUGAUGAUGGUGUGUUUAAAUGGGGCCCCUUACUCUCCCCCGAGCAUACCGUGGAACUUUGUCGGGCAGUCACGCCGUUGGAGGUCAAGGAGGCCAUCUUCCACAUUAGCGACAACAAAGCUCCCGGCCCAGACGGAUAUUCCUUGUGCUUUUUUAAGAAAGCAUGGACCAUUGUGGGUGAUCAAGUUUGCAGGGCCGUCUUGGAUUUCUUUAGGAGUGGGCGGAUGCUACGGCAGCUCAACCACACUAUCAUUGCCUUUGUUCCGAAAUCAGAUCACUCCACCUCUGUUGCGGAUUACCGGCCGAUUUCGUGCUGCAAUGUGAUCUACAAGACCAUCACGAAAAUCAUCUCGGACCGGCUAGCGCCUGUUUUGGAGCACUUGAUUGACCGAUGCCAAGCAGCGUUCGUUGGAGGCCGCAAUAUCACAGACAAUAUUUUCUUGGCCCAAGAAAUGGUGCGGCAGUACUCGAGGAAACGGAUUUCACCUCGAUGUACUAUCAACGUCGAUCUACGCACGGCAUUCGAUUCGGUCUCAUGGUCAUUUCUCGCUCGAGUGCUUCACGGUGGCGUUAAACGGCUCCCUUCACGGGUUUUUUUCGGGGAAGAAAGGCCUAAGGCAAGGAGACCCGAUGUCGCCGGCCCUCUUCCUUCUUAUCAUGGAAUAUUUCUCCCGACUGGUCAAGAGGAAAACAUCUAG